CUUCCCUUUCCGUGGUGGACCCAGCGCUUUACGGUGCUGAGCUUUGCCGAGCUGGGAGAUGUCGGCGGCGGGCUGGGUGGAACCUUUGGGUCUGCCCUGCAGCUUUGCGAAACGGGUCCUGGUGACCGGGGGUGCUGGUUUCAUUGCAUCACAUGUGAUUGUCUCUUUAGUAGAAGAUUAUCCAAAUUAUAUGAUAAUAAAUCUAGACAAGCUGGAUUACUGUGCAAGCUUGAAGAAUCUUGAAACCAUUUCCAACAAACAGAACUACAAAUUUAUACAGGGUGACAUAUGUGAUUCUCACUUUGUGAAACGACUUUUUGAAACAGAGAAAAUAGAUAUAGUACUACAUUUUGCUGCACAAACACAUGUAGAUCUUUCAUUUGUCCGUGCUUUUGAGUUUACAUAUGUUAAUGUUUAUGGGACUCACGUUCUAGUCAGUGCUGCUCAUGAAGCCGGAGUGGAAAAAUUUAUUUAUGUCAGCACAGAUGAAGUGUAUGGAGGUAGCCUUGACAAGGAAUUUGAUGAAUCAUCACCCAAACAACCUACAAAUCCAUACGCGUCAUCCAAAGCGGCUGCUGAGUGUUUUGUGCAGUCUUACUGGGAGCGGUACCAGUUUCCAGUUGUCAUCACAAGAAGCAGUAAUGUUUAUGGACCACAUCAGUAUCCAGAGAAGGUUAUUCCAAAAUUUAUAUCUUUGCUUCAACACAACAGAAAAUGCUGCAUUCAUGGAUCAGGGCUUCAAACAAGAAAUUUUCUUUAUGCUACUGAUGUAGUAGAAGCAUUUCUCACUGUCCUCAAAAAAGGAAAACCAGGAGAAAUUUAUAACAUUGGAACCAAUUUUGAAAUGUCAGUUGUCCAGCUUGCCAAAGAACUAAUACAACUGAUCAAAGAGACCAAUUCAGAGUCUGAAAUGGAAAAUUGGGUUGAUUAUGUUAACGAUAGACCAACCAAUGACAUGAGAUAUCCAAUGAAGUCAGAAAAAAUACAUGGUUUGGGAUGGAGACCUAAAGUGCCUUGGGAAGAAGGAAUAAAAAAAACAAUUGAGUGGUACAGAGAGAAUUUUCAUAACUGGAAGAAUGCGGAAAAGGCAUUAGAACCCUUUCCAGUACAACCGCCAUUUAUAUAACCAGGACAGUUUCCAGAUAAAGAAGAAGAUUAUCCUACCUCAACAAAUGAUAGCAAAUCAAGUGACCAAAUGAAGUGUCCUCUCUUCAUCUGGAAUUAGAUUCAUGACUUUCUGUGUGAAAGUCUAGUGCAAAAUGCUUCAGUCUUUGGAAGAGUUUCAGUGUUGGCACACGAUUUCCUUAUCAAAAUUCUUUCAGAAAUUUUUUUUCUCCUAGAAAUUAAGAAGAAGUAGACAAAGAAAGACUGUCCCAAGGCAUGGGCCAGAAGUAGUUGUCUCCUGUUCUGAGAACAAAGACAGGAUGUGGUGCCGGGAAGAUGGCCAUGAACUCAGUGGGCUUCCCAACCAUUCCCAGGACCUGGGGAAUCAAGUUGCCAUUUGUAGGCAAUAUAGGAUUAGUCUCACACCCUAAUUUACUUUUUUUUUUUUUUUUUUAAAUAACAAGCCUGAAGUUCUGCUAUAAUUGUUUUAAAAACAGAACAAAAUGGAAGCAUAUCUAGCACUUUUUAACUUUUGAUGAUUCUAAAAAAUAGAUAAGUUAAAUGCUUUUUAAAAGAAGGUUGUAAAGUUUUUAUGUUUUCAAAAUUAGGUGUUGAUCUAUAUGUAACUUCUGUUAGAGAAACUUUAUCAUGUGGUAGCCAUUUAAAAUGAUUUUAUUUAUGAAAUUCUCAAUAUUGUAAGGUAUUUAAUGUAGAAUGUGACCUUUUUUUAGUAAUGUAUUUUUAUGUUGGUAUAGAAAAAUUAAAAUGAAAAUUUGGAGGGAGGGUGUUGUGGCUCAGUGGGUUAAGCCACUGCUUGGGACGCCUGUAUCCGUUAUCAGAGUGCCUGGGAUUCAGACCCUUCUCUGCUUCUGAUCCAACUUCCUACUAAUGGGACUGGAAGGCAGCAGUUGAUGGCCCAAGUACUUGGAAGACCCAGAUGGAGUUCCUAGCUCCUGGCUUCAGCCUGGCCCAACCCAGGCCAUUGAGGGCAUUUGGAGAGUGAACCAGGAAAUGAAAAUAUCACCCUCAAUCUCGCCCUUGCUUUUGUCUCACUCCCCCUCUCCUUUUCCCCUGUGUCUCUUUGUCAGUCUGCCUUCCAAAUAAUAAAUAUUUUUUAAAAACCCUAAUUUCUAAAAAAUAAAAAUAAAUUAUGUAUUUGUAAUCCUU